UUGAAGAAUGUAAACAUAGUGAGAAGUGUGAGAGAAAGCAAAGCAGAAAGGAGUGAAAGUCUCAGGCUUGUGUGGAGCUGUAUAGGAGGAUAGAGGGAGGGGAGAGGACGCUUCAGCACAUUUCCUCACUCCCUCAGCAGCUCCUGGUAGACACAGACAAGCAGCGCUGGAGUCCCUGCUCGGUGACUGCAGUUCUUCCCUCAGGAUUUAAUCGAGCUGUCUCGGGCUGACUUUAGGACUUCAGAUCUGGAAUAAAUAAGACCUUGUUUUCCUUAUGGAAAAAAACUGUUUAUUCUCUGGAGAGAAAUGCACUAUAUUUCCCAACUCAUUACGCUGGAAAUUUCAGCACAAACUCAAGCACCAAUCAGCUUCAUUGGAAUGCCUUACUGAUGGUGAGUGACAGACAGGAAUAUGAACUGUGAUAUCUAAACUGUCAGUGGAGCUACAUGGUGAUUGCUUCUGUGAUGAUAAAGAGAUUUUAUUCGUCUUCUACAAAUUAUAGAACAAGGUGUUCCACAUUGACCUCUAUUGAAAGCUGAUAAGUCAACUAUUCACCAGAAGAUAUGGAUGCCAAGCAGUGCAGUCUGUGGAUGUUUCUACCUCUUGUUAUGUCUCUUUUCACUACCGUUGGUUUAUGGAUAGUGUAUUUCAUUGCCAUAGAAGAUGAUAAAAUUUUUCCUUUGACCUUAGACAGAAGACCGGAUCCAACAAGGCGGCCUCCUUAUAUAAGUGUUGCAGGUGAUGUGCCCCCUGCAAGCUGCGUGUUUAGUCAAGUCAUGAAUAUGGCAGCUUUCCUAGCCUUAAUUAUUGCCGUCCUGCGUUUCAUACAACUGAAGCCAAAGACAAUCAGCCCUUGGCUAAGUAUCAGUGGACUUAUUGCUUUAUGCCUAACGUCAUUUGGAAUGACUUUGCUGGGCAACUUUCAGCUAAAGAGCAAUGAACUUAUCCAUAAUGUUGGCACCUCGAUGACCUUUGGAUUUGGCACAAUAGCCUGCUGGAUUCAGUCCAUCCUGACCUUUAAAAUAAACAUCAAAAAUGAAGGGAAGAAAACUGGAAUCCCCAGAGUUAUAUUGUCUGCAACAAUAACACUUUGUGUUAUCAUCUAUUUUAUUUUUGAAUGGAAGAAACUUAAUAUCUACGCGCCAAGAGUUCAGUGGGUCCUUGUCAUGUGCUUUGUAACCUUUUUUGGCACCUUGGCGGUGGAGUUUCGACACUGCAGGUUUGAAAUUAUUUGCGUUGAGAACCAGCAGCACCAAGAGAUCUUAAACAGCAUGUCUGAAAACAUGUCUGAUGUCUCUGAGUAUCAAACAGACCAGUUGUAACAUGGACCCACGAGACUAACAAAAGAAUGUGGAGAAUAUGAACUGAAGUGUUGUUUUUACAACCGAUAUGAAAUGUGAAAUAACUGAAGACUAUAAAAGACAAUUCACUUGGUUCUAAAACGUCAGUGUUACCCCAAUGAAUUUUUUGAGAGAAUUCAAUUGGGGGCUUGGAAAAUCAAUUUGCUUCAACUGUUGUUUGAAAAUGUGAAGAUAUUCCGAUAGCAAGGUUGGAACAAGAAUUCUUAUGGAAAAUGGCGUACCUACCAAAAAGUCUUGGUACAUCACUGUUACGGAAUCUAUAAAGAGUUGGCGCCUGGUACCAUACUUAUUCCCCCCUCUACUAUACUUUCUUGGAAGCCUUGAAGGUCAAUAAGUGCAACCAGUCAGGUCACCUUGUGCUUUGAUCACAGCCCCAUAUUGCAUUACAGCACCAGUGCAUCUCUAUUGCAUUCCACUACAGACACCUUUUUGCUGCCAAUGCACCUACCUAUUACCUGCAAGCAACAGUAGCGUUAACUUACUGUUUGGCAUCUACUUGAUGCGGCUGUAAAAGUGAAUUUGGCAGGUAAAUUUGUGUAUGUGCCGUAUAGCAAGGCCCUGCACCAGGAAGCUGGGGCGCUUUAAGGCUAUGUUCACAUCAACAUUGUGAAGCUCCGUUACAGCCGCUGAUAACGGGCGGUGAGGUUGUCACAACUGAUAUUAAUGGAACCCAACAGGCCCUAUUCACUUCGAAUGCGGUCCUUAGGUUUUCCGUUAGAUGUCCGUUAUUUUGCAAGAUUUAGCAGAGACAAAAAACCUGGCAUGCACGGUUUUAUUCCCGGCUAAAGCCCGGUCAUUUUAGUGGAAUCAGUGAACAAAGCUCUACAACGGAACUCUAAAUGCUAAUGUGAACUCAGCCUUCUUUGCUUAUUGCAUCCUUCUAUGUAAACACUCCUUUAAAUAAUAUACCGUAGCCUAAUGGUUUAUGUCAUUGAUGUGCAAAAAUAUUAGGUUUUCAUUAUAAAACUAGUGCAGAUACAAAGUUAAAGUUUUGCUUAAAGCAUUAAAGCAUUUUGAACCUGCACAUAAUAGGAAAUAGAUUAACAAUUUACCUGCACAGAAUCACCAUCAUCUGCAAGAAACAACAAUGUUGAACAUAUUGUGUUAUAGGAAGAUCUUAUAAAUGAACAUAUAUUGAUAAAGUUUUUUUUUACUGCCUUUUAGUAGUCUUUCACACCGUCCUUCUUCAUUGCCCCACUUCCUGUCUGGUCAACAUGCCGUAUGGGGCUUCAUGUUCCUGCUGCCAUCUAUUGAAGGAGAUCUCCGGCGAAAAUUAUUUUAUCCCCUAUCCACAGGAUAGGGGAUAAGUAGCUGAUCGCGGGAGGUCCAAUCGCUGGGAUUCCCCACGGUCACUUAGACAGGAACCUGCGCUUAGUGCUGCAGCUGGUAAGUGAUCCAUUCAUUUCUAUGGAAGCGCUGAAAAGACCAGAGUACAGCUCUCUGGCAUCAUCAGCACUCACAUAGAAAUGAAUGGCGUGUGUGCUGCUAGACGACACAUGCUCCUCCCUGAGAGCACCGCGGUCCCUUCCUGGUGAUCGCGGGAGGGGGGGCCCAGUGGUCAGAUUCCCCCCCGUGAUCAGCUAUUCAUCCUCUAUUCUGUGGAUAGGCGAAAAGUUUAUUCGAGUUGGCUGAAUUGCCAACUAGAGUGUACAGCAGGAACAGCAAGACUGUUACAGGAUGUACACUACACAGGAAGUUGAACUAAUGGAGACAACAGAGAUGACAGUUUGCAUCAGAAGCAGAAAGAAAGCAUGAAAGACUAAAUAAAAGUAGUAAUAUAACUUUACAUAGUAAUAUAUGUUCACUUAUUAGACUGUUGAAGAUAAGAUUCAUUGUUAGAAUACCCCUUCAAAGGAAGUCGUGUUCUAGAAUGUUUAUGGCAGUGCUCUUAAACGCUGGUCGAACUGCCUAUAUUGUUUACACAAAAGAAUAUUCUGCUAUUUCUAAUGUGAAAAAGGCAUUUUUCUUUAUUAAUCCAAGCAUUCUUACAGAAUAAGUACAUAUACUUACAAAAUACCAAAUUCCUAUGUUUGAAGAAGCUCUAACUUUUUUAGUCUGUGAUAUGCUUUUUUUUUUUCUUUGUGUAUGGAGAUAUAUUCCUGUUUGGCCUAGGCUGCACAUGUAAUUUUUAGUCAGGUGACAAAAAAAAAAAAAAAAACUACACAAAAA